GAACUUCCCCAGAGGCAGGGAAGUGCUGAUCCAGGGCUGAGGGUCAGCCCAGCAGAGGCAGGGCUGGUAGAAGGCUUGUCCCUGGAGCCACUGGGUCUGGCUGCAGGCCCGUCUGCUCCGACUGUAAAGUGCUGUGCGGACCAGACUGGCUGCAGCCCUCUGAGCCUUCCUUUGGGUCCAUCCUUCAGCACUUACUCCCCCAGUCUGGGUGCAUCUGGGCUGAGCUGGCCCCAGUGUGCUGCCCUCUGGUCCGCGCUGCUUGGCAUGUGGGCAGCGAGGGAGGGGAAUGCCCAGCCGCCCCAGGCUCAAGGGAGGGGCGGGGUCUCAGCCCAGAGGAGUGGGUUUGUUCUGAGCACAUGCAGCCCCUGAAUCCCCACGGCCCCUGGGCUCAGAAACCCCAGAGCGGGGCCUGCUGUGCACACUGGGGCUGGGAGGUGAGGCGCAGGCUGGCGGGGGUUGGCCAAGGAGCUCUGUGCCCUUGCCUGGUGCGGCUACAGCAUCUCACAAUGGGCCUGUAUGAACAGGAGGGGACAGAGAUUCCCAGCCGUAGGUGAGUGCUGGUAUCCCCACCUCACAGCCAGGGAACGGCGGGCACCCAGGGGACAAGGGAUGUGCCGAGGUCACACAGGGAGGAAGCAGAGGAGCUGGGAAGAGAACCCAGGAGUCCUGACCCCCCCAGGGGCGUGUUCUAAGCUCUUUCUGCCCCUCUGUCACAGAGUCUCCUCUGAGCACGUGGCCAGGCUUUGCUGGCAGGGCCCAGCAUCUGGGGCAGUUACAGCCCCACGGAGACGUCACAAAGCCAUGAGGUGCUGCAGCGUGAAGAGGGUCCCUCGUUCGGCUGCUGCUCAUUUCCAGCCCUGUGCCCCACCCCGAAGGCAGGCACCUGAAACUGGGCCAGGCUCAGGCAAAGCCCAGGGCUGGGUCGUGUCGAGGCCCCUGCACCUCAGUGAACGAGGCCCUGGGCUCAGGGUUGUAACAAAAUGUGUGCAUGGAUAGGAGGGCGGGUACGCCACGCGCAGCGCACAGGGGUCUGGGGCCCAGUGAGCAGAGGGGCUUAGCCAGGCGCCCCUGGAAGGCAGGUGGUUUGGAUCCUAGCACUGUGGUUUGUUCAUGACCCCCAGCCACGAUCCACCCUCUCCAAAGCCGCUCUACAGUGGUGAUGCCAGGAGACCACUUCCCCCACAGGCACACAAGAGGGAACCCCAGGCUGUGAAGGAGUCAGGGCUGCACCGGGGCCUGGGAGUGCUUUGGAAAGGCAAAGUUAUGGUGCUGCUACCCCCUCCCUGGGCCUAAACCCCCCAAACGGCCAGCGCAGCCAUGACCCCACCUUCCCAGGGAGGAGGGGCAUGCUCAAGAGUUGGCGUGGGGCACCACUCUGGCUGGCACUGAAAUGCUAACCCCAAAAUUGUCAUGUGCCAGCAGCCAACCCCUGCCUCCUGGCCCUUGCUCCCCAUCCCAAUCAGCACUGUGUUCCUGAGCACUGGGCUGCGCACAUGGGUUUGUUACUGUAGAGUUGCAUAUGAGAAUCUGAGUGUAGAUGCAAAUGUGAAUUUCCACGCAUGCAAAGGUUGUGUGGGAAGAUUUUGUGGGUGCAUUUCAAAGGCCUCUUAUCCACUCCAGGGGGUUAGUUUCCCUGCCUUGGCAGCUGCUGUCAGGGCAGCUUUUUAAUUAUCCAUGUGGCUGGUGCUGGCUUCUUCAAGGGCACCUCUGAGCCUCCAGGGCCCUUGUCAUACUCAGCAGGGAGAGGUGAGAGCUGAGCUAGGGCAGGCGCUGAUGGCCAAUCUGGCUAUAGCGAGGCCUCUCGGCUCAGUGCCUAGGGAAGGAGCCAGGCCAUGCGCACAGGGCAGUUGCUGGCCUGUGGGAAAAGCAGCCCCUUUACUGUCCCAGGUAAAAGCUGGUCCGAAAAGAACCUAGCAUUAAAAUUAGCCUGCUAACGCUCUCUGGACUCAGCAAAAGAGGUUCUCCUAUUUAAAUUCCAUUGCAACAUUAGCCAAUUUGAAAAAUGUUGUAGCCAAUCUAGUUUGUUAGAUUUCAGCUUAAAAAUCUAAUUGGCCCACUGGCAAAUUCAUAAAAGAGCCCCACAUCGACACUUAUAGCUGUGGCUUAUGCUGGGCAUUUCUGACCUCAUUGUGUGCCAUGUCAGGACAGCGGCCUUUGCCUAGAAUCCCACCCUGUGCAGCAAUUUCAUCGCUACUAUUAUUAAUUAAAUUGUAACGGGCUUCUUCUCCCCCAGUGGCUGGGCGGCAAGGGGUUGCGGUGCGCGAGAGAGGCUGAGGGAAUGGGAAACUGAAACAAAGGGUUCUUACGGCUGGUGGUGCUGUCCAACACCAGCUCCAGGGGAUUCACGGCACAGGCCGAGCCAGAGAGGAUGCUGCUCCAGAGGCAGCGUCUGCUGUUACCAUCCUGUCUACACAUCAGACAGUUCCCCGCCUCCCCAGCCCAGCUCCCCAGCAGCUGUGAGCACUGCCAUAGUAGUAACAUCUGGCCACCAAUCAGUGCCCCGCAACCAGCUGAUGUUGGAUAGGGGAAGAGGGCAAAUUGUUGGAUAUGGCCUAUAGGGUGCUGGGGAGUUCACUGGACGCACCUCAGCUUCCAUGGGCUCUGAUAACAAACAGCCCCCAAGCCCAGCGCAGGGGGACGUGAUAGGCCAAGGGGGCGAGUGAGCAAGGGAACCCCACUCCCCAUGGUGCCACCUGGAGGCGAAGUACCCAGGCAUGCUCCCCCCUCCACCCGUCACACCAGCUGUGCCCAACCCAGCUGCUGCCAGGGGCUGCUGGAGCCGAUAUGUAAGUGAGCCCUGCCCUCUGCUGGCCUCGCGGUGCAGGGAAGCCGUGCCAAUCCGGCCGGAUACACGCUAUCGAGAUGCCCAAGGCAUGAUGCCUGGUGCUCAUUCCCCCGGCGCCAGGCAGGAUGACCCAGCUGGACUCCGUGCACUCACUCCAGCGUCAAACAGGCGUGAGACCAGAACCAGGCCAGGGGUCCCCCGUCCAGCUGGGGUUUCCAAUCCAACCGGUGCCCUGUGCUGGAUGCGGAGCGCCAUGUGCUGGCCCGGUGCCGCGGCCCUGCUGCUCUGGGCAGGGCUGGGCCUGGCCCGGGACUACCCAUUCCGGGACCCCACCCUGCCCUGGGAGCAGCGGCUGGACGACCUCAUCGGGCGGCUCACCCUGGGGGAGCUGGUGCUGCAGAUGGCGAGAGGUGGCGCUAAGUACAACGGGCCAGCACCCCCCAUUGACCGGCUGGGGAUCAAGCCCUACAACUGGAACACCGAGUGCCUGAGGGGGGAUGGGGAAGCCCCUGGCUGGGCCACGGCCUUCCCCCAAGCGCUGGGCUUGGCGGCCUCCUUCAGCCCCGAGCUCAUCCACCGCGUGGCCAACGCCACUGCCACGGAAGUGAGAGCCAAGCACAACUUCUUCAUGUCCACGGGCAGCUACGGCGACCACACGGGCCUCAGCUGCUUCAGCCCGGUGCUGAACAUCAUGAGACACCCGCUGUGGGGCAGGAACCAGGAGACGUACGGCGAAGACCCGUUCCUGAGCGCAGAGCUGGCUGUGGCAUUCGUGCAGGGGUUGCAGGGCGACCACCCCCGUUACGUCAAGGCCAGCGCCGGCUGCAAGCACUUCAGCGUGCACGGGGGGCCCGAGAACGUGCCCGUCUCCAGACUCAGCUUUGAUGCCAAGGUGCAAGAGCGGGACUGGAGAAUGACCUUCCUGCCCCAGUUCCAGGCCUGCGUGCACGCUGGCUCCUACAGCAUCAUGUGUAGCUACAACAGGAUCAACGGCGUGCCCGCCUGCGCCAACAAGAAGCUUCUGACAGACAUCCUGCGGACAGAGUGGGGCUUCCAGGGCUACGUGGUGAGCGACGAGGGGGCCGUGGAGUUGAUCAUGCUGGCCCAUCGCUACACACACAGCUUCCUGGAGACGGCCAUCGCCUCAGUGAACGCUGGCUGCAACCUGGAGCUGUCCUUCAGCCUGACGGAGAAUGUCUUCAUGAGCAUCAGCGAGGCUGUGGCCAAGGGCAACAUCACGCUGGAGACGGUGAGGGCCCGGGUCCGGCCACUCUUCUACACACGGCUGCGGCUGGGGGAGUUCGACCCCCCUGCCAUGAACCCCUACAACGCCCUCGACCUGAGCGCCGUGCAGAGCCCCGCCCACAGGACCCUCGCCGUGGAGGCUGCCAUCAAGAGCUUUGUGCUGCUGAAGAACGAGAGGGGGACGCUGCCCCUCAGCACCCAGGCCCUGGCCGGCAAGCGCAUUGCGGUGGUUGGUCCCUUUGCCGACAACCCCAGGGUGCUGUUUGGGGACUACGCGCCCAUCCCGGACCCCCAGUACAUCUACACCCCCAGGAGGGGCCUGGAGACCCUGCCGGCCAACAUCACCUUCGCCGCAGGCUGCAGCGAGCCCAAGUGCCAGCGCUACUCGCCGGGCGAGGUGGAGGGAGCGGUCCGGGCAGCCGACAUCGUCGUGGUGUGCUUGGGCACAGGGACUGACCUGGAGACAGAGGCGAACGACCGACGGGACCUGUCCCUGCCCGGGCACCAGCAGGAGCUGCUGCAGGACGCCGUGGCCUGGGCUGCCGGGCGCCCCGUCAUCCUGCUGCUGUUCAACGCGGGGCCGCUGGACGUGGGCUGGGCCCAGGCCCACCACGGAGUGGGCGCCAUCCUGGCGUGCUUCUUCCCAGCGCAGGCCGCAGGCGUCGCCAUCCGCAAGGUGCUGCUGGGGGAGGAGGGGGCCAGCCCGGCGGGCAGGCUCCCGGCCACCUGGCCAGCUGGCAUGGACCAGGUGCCAGCCAUGGAGAAUUACACCAUGGAGGGGCGCACAUACCGGUACUAUGGGCCAGCGGCCCCGCUCUACCCCUUCGGCUAUGGACUGUCCUACACCACCUUCCUCUACCGGGACCUGGUCUUGAGCCCCACGGUGCUGCCCCUCUGCGCCAACCUCAGCGUCUCCGUGGUGGUGGAGAACACUGGGCAGAGGGAUGGCGAAGAGGUGGUGCAGCUGUACCUGCGUUGGGCGCAGCCCUCCGUGCCGGUGCCCCGCUGGCAGCUGGUCGGAUUCCGCCGGGUGCCCGUUGCCGCAGGGCGGGCGGCGAAGCUGCUGUUCCUGGUGACCUACGCGCAGCGUGCCGUCUGGGCCGAGCAGUGGCUGCUGGAGCCGGGCGCCUUCACGCUCUUUGUGGGCGGACAGCAGCCGGGCCAGGAGACACGUGCCAGCUCCGAGGUCCUGCGGGCGGAGUUCACGGUGACUGGCACCUCCCAACCCCUGAGCCACUGCUAGGGACAGGGACUGGAAUGGCAGCUGCUGCACCAGGGCUCCGGAUGCUCCAUGUACUGGGAUCUGCAGGGGGCUGGCAUGUGGCCGUAUGCGUUGGGAUUGGGAUCUGGCCUAGCACCCGGCUGGCUGUACCAGGAAGUGGGGGCACAUGGCUGUCUGUAUCAGGGUUGGGAGGGCCGGCCUGGCACCUGGCUGGCUGUACUAGGGGGGCCGCUCCGGCAGCUGGCUGGCCGUACUGGGGGGGCUGGGCCAGCACUUGGCUGGCUGUACUGGGGACAAUGGGAGCUCAUUCACUUGAUGCACAAUAAACUUUGCCCAGCGUUGACCCCUAUGGAAGCUGCAGCUGGAAAUGGGGGUGCUGAGGGACUAGGCUCCCCCAUCUUUCUCCUCCUGCCCGUGCCAGGGCCUGGCAGCGCUGUUCCCCACCCGCAGCCAUGCACUGCAGGCCAGCAGGGGGCACUGGAGCCAUGGCAAGGGUUGGAGGGGGUCGUGGCAGGAUUGGAUGGGCCAUGUGGCCACAUUGCAGCGAGAACUGAGCCCAAGGAGGGGGGCACCUGGGUGCUGGUUGAACCCCUGCUUUGUAGGAGCCUCCCCCCAGACCAGAGGGGUGCCCAGGAGCAGCCCUCCUUGCUUCUCAGACAGGCCCCCUCCCCCAGAUAGCACCCCCAAGGGGGCCGCGUCUUCCCCACUGUGCCCAGGCCACGGGAGCAGCACAAAGCUCCUGGCACUGGGGUGGGGCACGCCGAACCGCCCUGCCACCGGGCACCCUCCUCCCAGCUGUCGUGCAGCCCUGUCUCCACUAGGUGGCGCCCCCCUUCCUUACAGCCCAGCCAGGCUCUGGCCAAGUGCAGGGAGGGGCUUUGAACUCGGGGCUGAGCAGGGCGAGAAGCCAGCCCUGGGCUGGCACCUGCCAGGGGCAUUGCUCCGUCUGGGUUGGUCUGUCUGCAGCGCCCAUCCCCGUGGGCCCUGCCCGGAUCGCCGAGCUCUGUUGCAGCACCAGUGACCCCCAGACUCCCCCACGGACAGGGCAGCCCGGGCACAGAGAAUGACUCACCGAUGUGCCCAGCGAGUGACCCUGCUGUGGGCACUGCCCUGGGGCAGGAGCUUGGCCGAGCGCGCAACCCUGCCACCUCCUGGCCCACCGGCUAUGGGUCAGCCAGGGGAGGGACCUGGAGCCCAGCUCCCUCCUGCCCAGCCUGGCACAGGAGGGGAUGAUCCCAGCCCACAUCCCAUCCCCUCCCCUCCAGCAGGCUGCAGGGGCCAAGCCAGCGCCUGCUGCCUCCCCCGGGCCCCUCCCAGCAGUCAGGGCUUUUCCUGCUGAGCCCCGUCCCACUCUGGGACCCGUGCGUCUGCCAGGGGCAGCUUGGUUUCCAGACAGCACUUGCCCCUGGUCCAACGGGGUUAAACAGAGCCGUCUGUGCCGUUGUGCCCAUGCCAUGCUGUGCUAGGGGUGGGUGGGGCAGGAGUGGUUCCCCUGGGCAGCCCCCGCCUGUCUGGCUGCAUAGAGGGGCGCUGACAGGCUACCUGGUCCCACCAGCACAGGGGCUGGCUGGCUCAGGGACCGGGCAAGGAGCUGUUCCUGCCUGGGUGAGCCCUGCAGGCCAGCCCAGGGCAGGGGGAACCAAGAGCAGGCCGCAGCGCCCUGUGUGAAAUGAGUUACCAGGCUCAGUCCGGCGCCAGGGGACACGUGGGAGAGGGAUGGACAGG